AUGGAUCCUUUGGAUGACAUUAUAGCCCAACUUGGAGAAGUGGAAGAGUCAACAUCUCAAACAAAAUCAAAAGAAAUCUUACCAGGUUUUGCAGAAAUCUCAUUUUUCUACAAAUCUUGCUUUAUAGGUAUCAUUGAAGCCGAUUUUGUUCAUCCUACGAAGGUUGAAGAAGUGACUAAAAAUGAUUCACAAGACAAAUUUUUCGAAGAUGAUAGUGACGACGAUGAACUGACAGUUGACAAAAAGUGAGUGUUCCGUCUGGAUUAUUAAAAUUGGACAAAAUAAAUAUUUCUGUCUCUACAGAGAGCUCAACGAAAGUGGGAAACAGUUAGAAUCGUGGCUAAAAAAAUCAGAUGCUAGCGAACCACGUUUGGAAGCUCCUUGGAAGGCCAAAACGGUUUUGAAUUUUUGGAUGUGUAUUUGCAGAAAUGGGAUAAUAAGUUCAAAUGACAGAAAGCAUUGCUCAAAGAAGCGCCAAAGUUGGCGGACGAAAACUUUUGCGUUGCUUUCGAUAAGUUCGGCAUUUCCGUGAGGUUUGAUCACGACGAUUCUUAUUUUUUAUUUCACUCACAGAAAUCCCAAGGUGAGUUCUCAAACAUUCGGCAUGUUCACCGCAGGAAUGCAGCUUGUGCGAAGCAGCGAUCUCAGACCUUCAAACACCUUCAAAGGUUAAAAUUACAAUCUUGAAGGAUAGUAAGAUUUUUUUUUUCCAGAUUCUUGGUGUACCAUGGCCGUGAUUGUCGAGAAAAGUCUCACAAAGAAAAGUAACAAUGGAAACGAGUAUCUCGUAUGGAGGCUGCACGAUUUGAAGGUCUGCUGAGUUGUACAUCUAUUAUGGAGGGGUCUAAAUGUCAACUUUUUCAAUAUAUAUUUCAGGACUGUCAGUCAGCGACAGUGAAGCUCCUAAUUUUCGGAGAAGCCGUCAAGGAGCGCUGGAAGUUGCCGGUAAGUUUCAAUUUGAAGAUAAUAAUAAAAAGUUUUUUUGAUUAUUUCAGCUGGGGAUGGUGGUGGCGCUGAUGAGUGCCCAAGUAGCGGACGACGCUGCUGCCGCGGUUAAUGGAAAGUCAAGUAAGCCCAAGUUUUCAUUGAAAAAAACGUCUUUGAUUUUUCAGAAAACACAGGAGUGACCCUUAAAGUGUCAAAGCCAACACAGAUAGUAGAAAUCGGUCCAUCGGCUCAUUUUGGAGUGUGCAAAGUUUGUUUUUGUUGAAAAAAUUAAGGGGAAUGUGGCGCUUUAAACUAGGUAGUAGUUUUUUUUUUUUUUCUGUACAUGUUUUACCGCGCUUUAUGAAUUAGAAUUUCGAAAAAGCUUUUUUAAGCUUUCCGCUCUCCUUGCUAUGAGAAAUGUGUCGAAAAGUGUUUAGACAUUAAAAAAAAUCUCUUUGGUUCAAUUCGCUGUACCUACUUUCAAAAAAUGCCGCAUUGAAUAAAUUUUUAUUAACGCAGAUGCAGAAUAAGAAAAAAAAACUGCAUGUAUUUCUGACAAAGUACUAACUAGAAGUCUUCCUAGGAGAUGAGAUCAUUCCCUCAUGAAUAUUUUCCUCAAUAAGUAAACGUUUUAGUGUAUUUACUCAUCUCUAGGGAACCAAACAAGACGGCAAUCCUUGUUCGAAUUUCGUGAACAAGUCUUUGGGAGAAUACUGUGUUUAUCAUGUGAUGAACGCCGCGAGAAAGCUUUCUGCCAGAAGAGGUUUUCAAUGAAUUUUUCCAACCUUGAUGAGUAUUUGUGUCUCAGGGACGUUCAACGCGGUGACGUGCGGUCCGAAUGUGGGAGGCCUUUCUGUGAAGCGACCGGCGGCCAAGACGCCACUCGCCAGAUCUCUCACCGCUGGGAGGUGACCUCUCUUUUCGAGCGGAUUUGACUUCUGUCUCAGCUCUCCGCUGAUGCAGCUGAACAGUCCGAGCACUUCGCUAGCGAUUCGAGCGACGUCAUUCAAUGCGCCGUCGACCUCCGGCCAGAAGACGACGACCAAGGAAGAGGAGAAGGCUGUGCUCGACGACAUCAUCAGUAGCAGGGCGAGUUUUUGAAUUAGUCAACACAUUUUUUUUUUAGAUAGUCUCCGUAGCAAUUUUAAAAAAUCAGAUUUUUGACGAAAAGUUCUCUAACUUUUGAACACUUUUUCCUCUAUUCGAAUUCUUCUUUAUUUAUCUUUUAACUACAGAUGGAAUGGUAUGUUAUAAACCAUUGUGACAACUGUACAUCAUCGAAUCAUUCGAAACCAAAAUAUUUUAAUUGCUUUUUUUGUUUCAGAAAAAUUCUUUGGGAACCAGACAAGUUCUGCAAUUGAAAAGGUUACAAGAAGGUGCGAAGGUGAUGAAAAGCAGUAGUCCCCUCGCACGUCCCGCUUCUUUCACAGACUUUAUCAAGGUUUCCAGAAUGUUUCAUUAGUCGUAUAAACAGCGUUUCCAUCAGAAAGAGGAAAUGACGACCCUCAAAGAGUCCAGACCCCAGACGAUAGAUCUUUCCAACGGUUUGAAGCCUUCUGGUGGGGCCACUGUAGGAUGGCCUUCCUCUCCAGUUCAGGCGAAAAAACCUAUGGGAGCUCGUGAUGCGCAAGAACACGCAGCCAGAGUUUUCUCUAUCUGCUGUCUGAAAAACAGUUGAUUACUUUCAGCUGCGGGCGAUUGCCGUCCUCAAGAAACAACGAGAAGAAGCCAAGGCUGGCGUCAAACGAAAAGCGCCUCUGUCACCUAUGGAACCGGCCAAGAAGGCCAAAACCGGAGCCGACAUGGACGAAAUCCAAGCGUUGCUAAACCGGAAGAGCAUCCAUCAUCAAGAAGCGACCAAGGAGGAGGGAGAACGACUUCAGAAGUACCUGAGUGGCCUGGAAGAACGGGAACGUGUAGAGACCUUCACGACGACAUGCAUGUCGGUCAAAAACGUGAAGGUGGUCACUUGUAAACAGGUUCAACCGUGGCCUUCUACUAAUGUGAGCGAAAAAUUCCAGUGCAAGUACACGGCGCAGGCGCAAAGCAACUUGUGCCGAGAGGCAAAACACGAGGUGGUGAAGCACGACGCCGAGAAGCGCUUCUUCAAGUGCUCCUCGUGCAAAAAACGGACUGUCUGCUUCGAGUUGAUGCCCAUCAAGCCUUGCAAUGUGAGUAUUUUUUAAUUGACUUGUAGAUAAGGAUUUCACUGUUGGUCUAAAGGUGAGAAUAAAAUUUAGAAUACCCUCAAAAGUUAAGGAAAACUUUGAAGUUUGUGGAAUUCUAUAUAAUCGUUCCUCUCAUUUUUCAUUUAACAGAUAAUAUCUUAAGAUAAUAUUGUGGAAAAAAUACUUCCUCAGUGUUAUUCUAAGUUUUUACCGUUUUCAAACUAGUAUUCAGUAAUUAAACGUCGUUGAUCAUUAUUUAAUUUUAAAUUUAAUCUCAAAACUAGUUCAUGUUUUUUUUUGUUCAGACUUGCAACGAAACGAAGUGGGAGCGUGUGGCUAUGCGCGACGAACGAAAAGUCGUGCUCGAAAACGAGAAGCUCUUACUACGAGGCGAGGAGCGUACUUUUGUUAAUGUUUGA